AUGGCUCCUUACACUGCCAAAUGGGGAAUUUUGGCUACCGGAGGUAUCGCUGAAUGCUUCACCAAGGAUCUUCUCACAGAUCCUGCCGCUCGCGACGUUAGCGACGUCACCCACGAGAUUGUCGCAGUCGCCUCCUCCAGCUCUGUCGACCGGGCCCGCGAUUUCAUCAAGAAGAUCGAUGGCCCUUCUUCAGCCGCUGCUUAUGGCUCCUACGCUGAGCUUGUCGCGGAUCCCAACGUCAACAUCAUCUAUGUCGCUACUCCUCACAGCCACCACUUCCAGAAUGCCAUGUUGGCUCUUGAGGCAGGAAAGAACGUUCUCUGCGAAAAAGCCUUGACCGUGACUGCAGCACAAACCAAGAAGCUGUAUGAGGUUGCCAAGGCCAAGAACCUCUUUUUCAUGGAGGCUGUCUGGACACGAUACUUCCCUCUGAGCAUCAAGGUGCGGGAAUUGAUUCAGUCCGGUGCCAUUGGUGAUGUUUAUAGAACCUUUGCCGACCUUUCAUUCAAUAAGAACACUGAUAGCGGCGACCUUGAGUUCCCUGACUCGAACCGUAUGGUCAACCCCGAUCUUGCAGGUGGUGCUCUGCUUGAUCUCGGCAUUUAUUCCUUGACUUGGGUCUUCCAGUCUCUGUACCACGUUCAGCCUGAAGCUGAUAAGGAGGCGCCUAACGUAGUCGCUUCCAUCAACAAAUACCGAACUGGCGCAGACGAGUCAACGAGCAUCAUCUGCCAGUUCCCAAAGCACAAGAGCGUUGGUAUCGCCACCACCUCCUUGCGCAUAGCAACAGACGUCGAUGGCCAUUACACCGGCGGCCCUGCGAUUCGAAUUCAAGGUUCCAAAGGCGAAAUUCAAGUCACAGGUCCUGCAUUCCGACCGACUGAAUACAAGGUGAUCGCUUCAGACGCCAAUGGUAAGGUUGAGGUCGUGACCUGCCCGAUCCCAACUGACCCCAAGCGUAACAACUGGGGUCAUGGUAUGUUCUGGGAGGCUGAUGAGUGUGCGCGAUGCUUGCGCGAUGGAAAGAAGGAGAGCGCCUCGAUGCCUUGGUCUGAGAGUAUUGCUAUCAUGGAAGUCAUGGAUAGUGCACUGAAGCAGGGUGAUGUGACAUACCCUGAACUCAUCACCACUGAUGUCUUCGAUGCCAACAGUCCUCUCAACACUGGCAAGAAAUAA